AAACAAUUAAAAACACGUCUACAACCCUGAUUUAAACUCAGUAAAGAACUGUUCCAUGGCGGUUUGGAAUCAUCAGAACGAAAACAGAUGUGACCCGGGUUAUUCCUGUGACUACACACCAGGAACACCAUGCUGACCUGUGAGAUCUGUGGCGAGGAGCUCCUGUUGGAGGAGGACAUGAAGACCCACCUCCUGCUGAGCCAUGAGGAGAACGCCAUGAGCUGCCCGCUGUGCUCUCUCAGUGGCGUGUCAUAUGAUGAGCUCCGCCUCCACGUCAGCUCCGCCCACGCAGAGGAGAACUAUCGGGAUCAGUCCAGGUCCUCAUCCCGCUGCUCUGCAGGAAAAAACUCCACAGUUGUCUCCUUCUCCGAGGUGAGCUGGAGGACGGGUCACAGCGGCGUCUCUGGUGUAAACACUGAGAGUGGUGGUUCAUCAUGUGGAGACACUGAAUCCAUCAGUCCAUCAUCACAGAGACAGAAAAUAAGCAGUGAGACGACCUAUCACAGCCCAGACAGACAGAAACACCUGUCUGUGUCCACUAGAGGAGAUCAGCUGAAGUGCCCUAUUUGUGCUGUGGUCUGCAGUAACAGCUUCAUCCUGCAGGAUCAUGUGGAGCUCCACCUGAUGGAGCAGACUUCACCUGAAGGGACAACACUGGGGGCGGGAUCACCAGCCGUGACAUCAUCAGGGGCCACCUCCUCAGAAAGGAGGUUUGAGUGUCCGCUCUGCUCCAUCCUCUGCUCCAACAGCUUCUCUCUACAGGAACAUGUGGAGCUUCAUUUAGACCAUGGAGCAGGGAGUCAGGACUCUGACCUGGAGCUGGCCCGACGGCUGCAGGGGGAGGAGGAGCAGAGGAGGCGGCGUGAGGAGGCGCACAAGGAGAGGGAGGAGUUCAAGAAGCUGCAGAGACAGUUUGGCGUGGAUGGCAGUGGUGGAUACAGCCGACAGGUGGAGAGGACGAUGGAGCGAGCGGUGGCGCGCGGUCUGAUGGGACCUGCAGAGUUUCACAGUAAGAGGGCAGAGCUUCUGGAGUCGCUGGCCUCAGGGGUGGAUGACGGCAGGACCAGGACGCAGGGUGUGAUCAAAGCGCUCUAUGAGUACUAUCAGACUGACUCCAGAGACUGCGCCCACGUGUGGCUGAGUGCUGAAACCGAUCACUUCUGCUCCUCAGCUGGGGACAAAGGCUGGGGCUGUGGCUACAGGAACCUCCAGAUGAUGCUGUCCGCUCUGCACAGAUUAGACACGUACACCGCUGUCCUGCAAGAGCGGACCGUUCCCAGCAUCCCUCGGCUGCAGACGAUGAUGGAGGUGGCGUGGAGAGAAGGCAUGGAUGCUCAGGGAGCAUCCCACUUCAACCAGCGCCUGCAGGGGACCAGAGCCUGGAUCGGAGCCACGGAGAUCUACAGCCUGCUGACGUCUCUGAGAAUAAACGCUCGGAUCAUUGACUUUCACCGUCCCACGGGUCCCGCUGACACUCACCCCCGCCUCUUUGAGUGGGUGAAGCAGUACUUCAGUCAGACCAGCAGCUCCAGACUUCCCCCCAGACUGGUCCAGACCUCACUGCCCCCCCUUUACCUGCAGCACCAAGGUCACAGCCGCUCCAUCGUGGGUCUGGAGCAGAAGAAGAACGGUUCCCUGUUUCUCCUGCUGCUCGACCCGAGCUUCUCCACCACAGAGACCAGGAAGCUGCUGAACAGAGACACCACUGGCUCCGCCCUCCGACACGUCAGGAAGUCCAUUGGCGGCAUGAAGCACAGACAGUACCAAGUGGUGGCGCUGCAGGGCGUCCUGUCUGCAGAGGAGAAACAGAUCAGCAUCUUGAAGUCCAGGACCCUGUGUGCAGAGAAAAUCCCAUGAAGAAGACACUAGAGUGUCUGCUGCUCUCUGACUUCCCUGUCAGCAUGUUUGAUUAUUUAAUGUAAUAAAAUUAUAAUGGAAAUUUUAUUUUUUUUAAUAAAUGAGGU